AUGGGAAAGUUCACCUCUAUCCGCUCUCCAACGGGUGAUAUGGCAUCUACAGGCCCAAACCCAUCACCUCCAUGGAGCAAUGUAUACGAUCCCGAGGUAUCCAAAGGUGUCAUCAACUCGCAGCCCAUCCUGCAUCUGUCUUUCCCCGCCGUGGAGGAUGAGUUUUUCAGAUACAAGCAGAACCCCGAGACAAUUUACGUCCAUGGCCAUCGUCAGGAACCAAUCAAAUCUCGUCUCGAAGAAGUCGGCUCGUUACCGGUCACCAUCGCCGCUAGCAAGAUCCAUAGCUACGUGCUUGGAUACUCCGGUUUUGCCACUGGCUAUACCUGGGUAAGCACUGUGGUAAAUGGAGUUGCGCAUCCAUUCCCUGUGUCAAACGAGUUUAAAGAAGAAAGGCUGGCAGUCAUGGAUUAUAUUCUUGAUUCCCUCAUCCCAGACCGAUCGACGAACAUUCGUGAUCUCGGGAACGAUGUGGAUCAUGUUUCCAUCGUCAGAAUUGAUGUGAAUGAAACAGAAUCCCACACGCACAGUAUCCCCGCAGCUUUGGUAUUCGAAAUGAAGAAGGAUGUCAGCGAUCAGACAGUUCGUGAGAACUAUUGGGAAGGGGCGGUUCCAACUUGGCAGGCAUUUGGUGAUCCAAUCGCUGGCGAGCAUAACCGAGUCAGAGAGGCUCCGGACUAUUUGACCAAGUUCAUUGAAGAUCAAAAUGCGGAAAACAAAAAGAAUGCUGAAAAUGCGGCUAGUGCGCCAUGGCCUUACGAUCCUAUCGGAUCUUGA